GUAGGAGUGCUGUUGGUGACAGGUCCAGAAGACGGACUCGCAGUGCAAGCCAUACUCCUCCGCCGAGGAGCUCUAAAAUUGUUGUUGAAAGGCUUUCAAAACAUGUAAACGAAGAUCAUCUCCAAGAGAUUUUCGGGGCGUACGGCGCCAUUGAUGAGCUUGACCUACCUAUGAACAAGCAUUUCAAUCACAACCGGGGAACUGCAUAUAUUACAUACUUUGCAGCUGCAGAUGCCGAAAGCGCAGUGGCGCAUAUGCAUGAAGGACAAUUAGAUGGGAUGGUAUUGAACGUCUCCAUAGUGCUACCUCGCCCAGAUCAAAGUCCUACUCAUCGCCUUCAAGGUCUCGAUCACCUCCGCCAAGGAGAGGAGGAGGCUCUGGAGGCUAUCGACGACGUGAUAGUCCACCUCCAGCUCGAGGAAAUGGAAGACGACGGAGAAGUCCAUCAUAUAGUAGCUACGGUACCUCUAGUCGAAGCCGAAGCCGCAGCCGUGGUCCAAGAGGUGGAAACAGGCGUUAAUACCAAUAUCGACACACAUGUAUUACAUGCACAGUUCAGAGCAAGGAGUUUAUUUGCAAUGUAAUAAAACUGGGGGAAUUCGCAGUGCUUCUACAUCCAACUCGGUGGGUGUAAGAGACUCAUGAAUGAUAUUCGAAAUUUUCCUGACCGCGAUGACGUAAUCGGCUCAAUCGCGAGCUAAGAAC